AUGUUCAGGGUAUUAAUUCCAUUGAGGAGGGUUAUACCGAGAAAUGGGGGGUUUAUAGGUGGUAUAACCAGAAUACAGGCAUAUUCCACCAAGAAAGAUAAAUCAGAAGAGAUGUUUAAGAUCAAGAUAAAGCAGAAGGAAAAGGAAGCGCAGCAGAAAUUGCCAGAAUGGACCAAGAGAGAUGAAACUAUACGGAAGAGAUACGGAGAGUGGAAUCCGACGCAUAGGCUAUCACGCCAGCAGAUCCAGGACAUAAGAAAUAUCAAAGAUAAGAUGCCGCAUAUGAAGACGAUCGAGCUUUCAAAUCAUUUCAAGAUAUCGCCGGAGGCAAUCAGGAGAAUAUUGAAGUCAAAUUGGGUUCCCAGUGAUACGGAGGAGGAGCGGAUCCGUCUUCGGGGUGAAAAGCGUAAGGAAGAGAGUCUCGUCCACAAGAAAGAGAUGAUAAAUGAUAUCGAGCUUGCCAGGAAACGUCUUACCUACGGUAAGAGUGUCAAUAUGGGAGGAACAAACGUGGGGAAUUCUGGCAGAAGAACAGGCAAGAAUUUGAGAAAUGCAUUCAGCACCGACGGUAAGGUCAACUUUGAUAGCAGUAACAGCCACGGAUAUUAUAACAGGAAAAGUAAAACUAAGGCAUUUAAAAGAAAACCAUACGUUGAAAACGUAGGGGACAUCAUAGAUUAA